AUGGGCAUCCCGAUUGCAGAGCAAAGGACAUACUCGUAUAUCGGCGAUGAUUACCCCGAGUUCUGGGAUAUUGACCUAGGAAAUCCAGUGGCUAUGAUGGUGGAAGAGAGCGAGCACUACCCAGUACAUGGGUUAGAUGCCGAAGAGGAGUGGGCAUCGACCGACUCUGCUGGCUUCGGAUACGUGCGCUUAGGUGAAGAAUACCGCGCCUUCGCCGUGAACGUGUUCCACCAGCUGCACUGCUUGCGCGCAAUGCGCGACGCGCUUGCACAUCCAGACAACCGUUCCCCCGCCAUCGACGGGCACUUCCAGCAUUGUCUGAACUUCAUCCGCCAGUUUGCCCUCUGCUCACCAAACCUGACGCUAGAGCCCGCCGACGUGCUGAGCAGGGAUUUUGAGAUGCGAAGGUCGGGUGCCGUUCAAAUUUGCAGAGACUGGCGCAAACUUUAUGAUCAUAUGUCGGAUAACUGGGCGUCGUGGAAGGAGUUUCGGAACCGUACACAAUAUUCUUGA